AUGGGGCAAUUCAGCUUGGCCAGUGAGGAGAAGGGUAGGAAGAAGGUAACAUCCAAGAAGAAGAAGAAGGCGGAGCCAAAGACUGACCGAACAAAGUGGAUAGACGAAGAGGAUGAGCUGCUCAUGUCGGCAUGGUUAAACGUUAGCCAGGAUCCUGUGGUUGGUACAAAUCAGUCGAAGGAGAUGUAUUGGGGAAGGAUCGCCAAGUACUUCAACACAUAUAGGAAGCCAACCAAGAUGACUAGGUCCGAUAAGGCUUUAAUCAACCACAUGAAGCUCAUCACGGAUGCGAUGGCUCGAGCAUGCACGGCAUAUAAGGGCAUUGAGGGGAAGCCUUUUGUAUACACGCACUGCUGGGUCAUGCUUGUCGACCACCCGAAAUGGUACGCCCACGAGUCCGCAAAGGCGCAAAAGAUGCAAGAUGUGGUGGAUGCACAAUCCAGCCAAGCUGCAUGCAAUGAAGUGGCGAAUGACGCGGCCUCGCACGCAUCGACGGAGCUUCCUUGGCCUAUUGGACGGGACACAGCAAAAGCGGCCCGUGCGCGCAAAUCACCUUCUACUGCAUCGUUGGCUACCGUGUCUGGUAGGAUGUAUGAAAGGCACCUAGCUGACCUUAGCGAAGCAAAGAAGGUUAUGGUGGAGUUGAAGAAGGAGCAGAUUUCGGUAAUACACUUGCAGGCAUCUGUAUGA